AAGGGGUUGAAAAUGCCGGCUGCAGCUGUUGUUGUCUGGGCCGAAUUUUUGAAGUAAUGGAUAAAAAUUGAAUAGCUGCAUUUAAAAAAAAAGAAAAAAAUAACAAAGAUAAUUUGCCUUAAAAUGCAAUCGUAUGUUGCUCCUUUGCUAUUAGUGUUGCUGUUUGCGGCCUAUUCGUUGCCUUUGUUUCUGAGGGUGUUCUCCACCACACAAAUGGUAAUUGAUGAAGAGUUCCACAUACGACAAGGUCUACACUACUGCAGGAAAAACUUUAAACAGUGGGAUCCCAAGAUCACAACAUUCCCUGGCCUGUAUCUAGCCGCCUUGGUCUUGAUUCCCUUUGAAUUCUGUGAAGUUCUAGGCCUGCGUUUGAUUUCCCUCAUAGCUGCUGGAGUAAAUGUCUUAUUGAUGUAUUAUAUACGGCGCAGGAAUUUAGGGAAUGUACAAUCAUCUUUGGCGGCUUUGGAUGCCUUUACCAUAGCCUCGUUGCCACCGUUAUACUUCUUCAGUCAUGUCUAUUACUCAGAUACUUUGUCAUUGACCACAAUUUUGCUGUUCUAUAUAUUUUGGCAAAAAGGAAGUCAUCUUCAUGCCUCGGUAUAUGCGGCUGCUAGCGUUUUAAUGCGCCAGACUAAUGUUGUUUGGGUUGGCAUGGCUUUUGGUACUAUGGCCUUAGAUCUCGUUACUGUGAAAUAUGCUGAAUGUAAGCAAAUUUCACCAAAGGAUGUAAAGUUAUACAAGCCACAUGUUAUUUUGGAUAUCUUGAAACGCUUUGAACUAUUGUGCAAAUGCCUCUGGUAUAUAUUUACCCAAGGAUGUUUUUAUCUCAUCAUUAUACUUCCUUUUAUGGGGUUUGUGUAUCUAAACGGAUCCAUUGUUUUGGGAGAUAAAAGAGCUCACGAAGCCAGCAUACAUGUGCCACAGUUGUUCUAUUUUUCCAUCUUCUGUUUGAUUUUCGCCAGCUCAAAUACCAUCACCAAGGUAAAGGCCACAUUUCAAGCCCUUACGAACAAUACAAGUGAAAUGAUAAUGGUAACCAUAGUGUUUCUGCUAAUAGUUCGCUUCAAUACAUUGGUGCACCCAUAUCUCUUGGCUGAUAAUCGCCAUUAUAUUUUCUAUGUAUGGCAGCGUCUUUAUGGUCGCUAUUGGUGGUUUAAAUAUUGUAUGUGUCCUGUUUAUACCAUUGCCUUUAUGUUCGUACAUCAGGGUAUUAAGCAUUUGCGCUUCAAUUUUAAGUUGAUGUUUUGGUUAGCAACAGCCAUUGUCUUGUGUUUCCAACGCCUACUGGAAUUGCGUUAUUUCAUAAUUCCAUUUGUCAUAUUCCGCUUGAAUACUAGGCCAAAUCUAAAAUCCAGAAUGGCUCAAUGGGUAGAAUUGAGUUUCAACAUACUGCUGAAUGCAGUAACCUUUUAUGUAUUCUUUACCAAAGAAAUCAAAUGGAAUAAUUAUAAAGAACCCCAAAGGCUUAUUUGGUAAAACACAGAGGCACACAUAUACCGCCGACUGGACUUAAUUAUUCUAAUUUAUUUCAGUGCGCAAAUGUGUAAUUAAUUUAAAUUUUAACAUUAAGAGAUCUUAAUAAUAUUUUGUUUCGCUUCAGCA